CAAUAAUAAUAGAAUCAGCCCGCUACAUAGUGGCGGGUAACCAGUGCACCUAAACCUAUGUACUUACAUCUGCGUACAUACUCUAAUUUUGGCAUACUACUACUCCAUACAAGCAGCAGCUUAGCAGCUGGGUACCUGACCGUAGGGUACAUACAUACAUAAGGUACACCGUACACAGAUCCAUAUGCAUAUAUCAGGUAGGUAGAUAAGAUUAGAUUCACAUGCAUAUGUACAUACACACAUACUUGAGACUUCCGAUUUUUUUCUUCUUCAUUUGUAUGAUUAUUGAUACACCUAUGUGGUAUCCAACGCCGACCUUUCGAGACGAAUGAUGGCAUUGGUUUGCACUCUAUUGCACUUGACAUGUUAAGAUUCAUUAGAGGCAUCAUGGGAUCCGAACUGAAAAAGGUACCAAUUCCUCGUAAUGGUGUCGACUACAGAGGCAAGAUCGUCCUCGCUCCCAUGGUUCGUUCUGGGGAACUACCCUCGCGUCUCACGGCCCUUCACUAUGGCGCUGACUUGGUAUGGGGUCCUGAGACUGUGGAUAGAUCCAUGAUUGGGACGACGAGGCGAAUCAACCCCGAUACCAAGACCAUCGACUGGACAAGAAAGCCCUCUCAAGGAGCUAAAACUCCCCCGACCGAGAUCAAAGACAGCAUCAUCUACCGCAUCCACCCCGAGAAAGAAAGAGGGAGGCUUAUCUUUCAGAUCGGCACUUCAAAUCCCGACUUAGCAGUACAGGCAGCCAGGCUUGUCGCUGCUGACGUUGCAGGCAUAGACGUGAACGCCGGGUGUCCCAAGUUCUUCAGUACCCAUGGCGGUAUGGGCGCUGCAUUGCUCCGAACGCCGGAUAAGCUUUGCUCCAUUCUAGAGGCUCUGGUCAGGAACAUCACCCCCGAAUUCGAAAUUGGAAUUAGUGUCAAGAUCAGAAUCCUCGAGACUGCGGAAGAGACAGAAGCUCUCGUCAGGAAACUUGUCGCGACAGGGAUCACUGGGCUGACCGUCCACUGUCGAACAACUCCCAUGCGACCACGAGAACGAGCUAUUCGCGAUCAGCUACGCAUGGUGGCCAAUGUGUGCCGAGAAGCUGGCGUAGCAUGCCUUAUGAAUGGUGAUGUUGAGACAAGAGACCAGGCCCUGGAGCUGGUUCGGGAAUACGGAGUCGAUGGAGCCAUGAUCGCAACGCAGGCAGAGAAAAACCCAAGCUGUUUUCAGGCUAAGGCCAACGGAGGUAUUCUACCGUGGGAUGAGGUUGUAGAGCGGUACAUAUCUUAUGCGAUGGAGGUCGAAAACAAAUUUGGCAAUACCAAGAUACUACUUUGCCAACUCAUCCCAGGCAAGCAGUCGGCUUCUCGCACCAUCGGUAGCUGCAAGAGUUACACUCAGGUCUGUGGCAUGCUCGGUUUUAACCACUUAAUGGAGCGGGCUCGGGAGGUUGAUUUCAGUCUUGACAUCGACCCGGACAACCUGGGGAAGAAAAGCAAGAAGGAUAAUAGUAGCGCACUCGCAGCGGGAGGUUGUACGCCCGCAUCACGGCCCAACAAAUCGCAAGCUAAGAAGGGUUUAUCGGAACGUGGCGUCACGGCCCAAACCACCGCAAAAACGGAUGCACACCCAAAUGAGGUCAUGACAGUACCUGUUUAGGGGAUGGUUGUGUAUAUUGCGUAAUAGGGUUGGUUGAAGAUAGCAUUUCAAGGCGUUCAAGGUACUCUCUAUAUUACUGUUUAAAUAGGCUUGGGGGUAGGGAGAUGAGAGCAUUUACAUGUGUGCGCCAAAAUCCAUGGCCCAGGCCAGGUAACUACCUACCUAUGUAGGGGGGAAGAAAAAUGUGACUUUUAUGACAUUGGAGAUAGUCCAC